AUGACUUCUUGUUCCUUUGUUGCAACAGGCUUCUCCAUAUCAAGUGGAAAUACCGAGGAAGUACCAUUGUCGAAUACACAGCAUAGGUGGGAGCUUCAGGCGGUGGCAGAGCCACAAAUACAGGUGCUGCUGGUGGCGCCGGCUAACCGUUCUUCUGUGAAAUUCUUUCCUAAAGAAGUAGCCGAUACCAUUCCAUUUUCACUAAAGGAACUCCCAAACCUUCUUCACUGCUUCUCCUUUUCUGAAUACUCUCCACAAGCAAAAGCCAUAAAAGAUGUAUUGAGAUUAUGUGAAUUAGAAAAACCCAUGAAGGGAGAGACAAAGUAUUGUGCCACAUCCGCGGAGGAAAUGCUCAAUUUUUUUCAAGGAAUUAUGGGAGAGAAAACCCAAAUCAAAGCUCUGUCCACCAUAGCUAAUUUCUCAGUGGAGCACUCAAUUACUACCGUGCAAAAUUAUACUAUUUUGGAUGUUCCACAAGAAGUUGCCGCUCCUAAGAUGGUGGCGUGUCAUAUUGCUCCUUGUGCUUACCCUAUUUUCUACUGUCAUCACACAGUUGGCGAUGAAAGAAAGGUGUUCAAGGUUUCAUUAAGGAAUGAAGCAAAUGGUGAUAGAGUGGAAGCCACUUGGAUACCUCUGAAUGGAAUCCAUCUCAUGUAG